GCACUCGAGCCAUCAUUCGAAAUGCUACGUCGACGAGAAACUUUGUUUCUGCUCUUCAUACUUGGAGCGAGUCUCGCUGAGGCUGCGUACAACAGCUACGCACCUGCCGCUGAUGCGACUAGAGGUCGUCUAACUGGAACUGGACGUGGUCCCGGAGGAGGACGACCGGUGCGCUCUGUGGAGACUGUGAAGCAGUGGAAAAAACUGGAGUUCGGAUUUGCCACGCCUCAGGAUCGACAACAGGCGGAAGCAGCUGGGAAUUUGAUGCCGGAGAAGGCAACUCUUAUCGAUGCUCAGCCGCAUUUCCUGCCCAAUGGAAAGGUGCGUGUGCUCACCACCAUUCCCAGGUUUCGCACUGGUAUUCCCUACUCCCUGGCCACCGUCUCCGACCAGGAGGGACCCAAUGGGCCACAGUUGCAGCCGUAUCCCAACUAUGCCUGGCACAACAACAAUGGAGACGACUGUGAUCGCAUCACAUCCGCUUUUCGUGUAGCCAUGUCGGAGUGCAAUCAGUUGUGGGUUAUCGAUUCGGGCAAGGUUGGUGCAGUGCAGCAUUGUCCGCCACAACUGUUGCAAUUCGAUCUCAAAAGCGACACUUUGCUGCAUCGCUUCCGAUUCCCCAAUGAGACUUACAUUCCAAUUGCCUCACUCUUCAUUGCACCUAAUCUUCUAGUGCAAGAUCCUCCGCCACGUGGCAACUGUGCUCGCACAAUGGUCUACGUGCCGGAUGUUGGCUAUCACGGCCUCGUUGUCUACGAUCAAAGUGCGAACACCGCUUGGCGAGUGGAACAUCGAUUUAUGUAUCCAGAUCCGGGUUAUGGACUUCACACCAUUGCCGGCGAGAGCUUUGAUUUGAUGGACGGCAUCUUUUCGGUCAACAAUGACAAACGCAAUCUCUAUUUCCAUCCCCUGGCCAGUGCCAGUGAGUAUUCGGUUCCUUUGAGUGUUCUCAACAGACGACAAAACUGGGAAAAUAAUGUAGAGGCAAUGUCGGAUCAGUUCAAGCUCCUGGGCAAACGAAAUGGCGCAUGUGCCGCCUCAGCCAUUGACAGUCGCGGAAAUCUCUACUGCGUCACCUUCAAUCCCAACAAGUUGUUGUUUGUUAAUACGGCCAACACCACUCCCAAUUUCGAAAGUCUGCCAGACGAAUCCAAUGAACUGCAGUUUGUCAGUGGCAUGAAAGUCACACGUAACUUGGCUGGUCAGGAGGAGCUCUGGAUGAUGUCUAUUCCGUAUCAGAAAAUUCGCAGUGGUACUAUAAAUUUUAACGAGAUGAACUUCCGAAUUUUGCGACGCCCGCUCGACGAUAUACACGGUGGAGUGUUUUUUGCCGGAGGCAAUGACUUGAACAAUCGCCUCAUCUUUACUUAAUCUACGCCUUACUUCUAAUCCAAUUAAGAUUAGA